AUGCCUGGUCUGCUUGCAACAUCUCUACUUGCUUUCGCGGUCCACGCCUCAGCACAGCUGGAAGGCCGUGGAUUCCCCGACUGCGAGAAUGGGCCGUUGAAGACCAAUGCUGUUUGUGAUACUUCUGCGGACCCUCUUACUCGGGCUACCGCAUUGAUUUCUGCGUUUACUGUGGAGGAAAAGGUGAAUAACACGGGUAGCACAGCUCCGGGUGUUCCCCGCUUGGGUUUGCCUGCAUAUACAUGGUGGCAAGAGGCAUUGCACGGAGUGGCUCAAAGUCCAGGUGUCAAUUUCUCGGACUCUGGAGACUUUCGAUAUGCCACUUCCUUCCCGCAGCCGAUCCUCAUGGGAGCUGCAUUCGACGAUGAUCUGAUUCGAGACGUUGCUACCGUGAUCAGUACAGAGGCGAGGGCCUUCAACAACGACGACAGAGCCGGACUCGACUUUUGGACCCCAAACAUCAAUCCAUUCAAAGACUCAAGAUGGGGACGAGGACAGGAAACCCCCGGCGAGGACCCAUUCCACCUGUCAAGCUACGUCCACGCUCUCAUCGAUGGACUCCAAGGCCAUGGGAAGUACAAGAGAGUUGUGGCCACCUGCAAGCAUUUCGUUGCGUAUGACAUAGAGAGCUGGAACGGGAACCUCAGAUAUCAGUUCGAUGCCCACGUCAACUCGCAGGAACUUGUGKAGUACUACAUGCCACCGUUCAAGACCUGCGCUCGAGAUGCCAACGUUGGCGCUUUCAUGUGCUCGUACAACAGCCUUAAUGGAGUGCCGACUUGUGCCGAUCCAUGGCUUCUCGACACUAUCCUUCGAGAGCACUGGAACUGGACCUCCGAAGAACAAUGGGUCACCAGCGACUGUGACGCGGUUCAGAACGUGUUCCUACCUCAUGAGUAUACUUCAAGCCGCGCAGAGGCUGCAGCGGUCUCGUUGAAAGCGGGGACAGAUAUCAAUUGCGGAACUUAUUAUCAAGAGCACCUCCCCGCGGCCCUGUCUCAGGGGUUGAUCAAUGAGGCAGAUCUUGACAAAGCUCUCAUUCGUCAAUACUCCUCGCUCGUCCGACUUGGAUACUUUGAUGGCCUUGCCGUGCCUUUCAGAAACCUCACAUUUGAAGAUGUUUCUACCCCGUAUGCCAAGCAGCUUGCGUACAAAGCGGCCGUUGAGGGAAUCACAUUGCUCAAGAAUGACGGCACUCUUCCACUUACCAUCAAAGACGGAACCACAAUCGCCAUGAUUGGAGAUUGGGCCAACGCAACCGAUCAGAUGCUGGGCAACUAUGAUGGCAUCCCUCCCUACCUUCACAGUCCUCUCUGGGCUGCACAGCAGAUUCCAGGUGCCAAAGUCUCGUUUGCAGGAUCCCCUGGAGGACAAGGCGACCCAACUACCAACGAUUGGCUUCACAUUUGGUCGGCAGCGAAAGAGGCCGAUGUGAUCAUGUACGUUGGUGGUAUUGAUAAUGGCGUAGAAGCCGAAGGUCUCGAUCGCAACACAAUUGCGUGGACUGGCGCUCAGCUCGAUGUGAUUGGACAGCUUGCGACCUAUGGCAAGCCUGUUGUAGUGCUCCAGAUGGGCACCAAUGGCGUUGACUCCGCUCCCUUGAUCAACAACAAGAACAUCAGUGCCCUCCUCUGGGGAGGGUAUCCAGGUAUGGACGGCGGCAAAGCUCUCCUCGAUAUUGUCCAGGGCAUAGUAGCUCCCGCAGGACGCUUGCCCACAACCCAAUACCCAGCUUCGUACAUCUCAAAGGUGCCAAUGACAGAGAUGGCUCUCCGUCCCAACGACACCAUCGGCUUCCCAGGGCGCACAUACAUGUGGUACAACGAAGAGCCCGUCUUCGAAUUCGGAUACGGACUCCACUACACAAACUUCACCGCCAACAUCCAGUCCAACAUCAGCCCAACAUAUAGCAUCUCCUCCCUAACCGACAACUGCAAAGAAAGCUACCUGGACCGCUGCACCUUCAACGCCUUCAACAUCGAAGUAAARAACACAGGUACUGUCACCAGCGACUACGUAACUCUGGGUUUCCUAGCCGGAACCCACGGCCCAGCUCCCUACCCCCGAAAGCGGCUCGUAGCAUACCAGAGACUCCACAACAUCACUGCGGGAGCUUCCCAGAUGGCUUCUCUGAACCUGACGCUCGGUAGCCUGGCACGAGUCGAUAAUCUUGGCAAUACAGUGCUGUAUCCAGGAGACUAUGCUCUGCUGAUUGAUUUACAGCCCCUCUCGGUCGUGAACUUCACUUUGACAGGCGAAGCUGUGACGUUGGAUCAUUGGCCUCAGCCCCCGGAGGCGAGGUUUCAGACUUCUGAUUAUUAUGUUGGGGGAUAUGGUAGUAGCUAUCAGACUCCGGUUGAUGGCUCUACUUGA